UCACUUCCGGUUUCUCUCAGGUGAGUCACCUGGGUUAUGUUAUGUCGUCGAUUGCGCACCUUUGUCGACAUCAGAGUAACCGAUACACUUCAGUAUAUCUUCCUUGUUAACACUUCUCUACGUCUGGACUAGUAACAGCUUGCUUCUGGGAUUUUAUUUUCGGUGGAAAUCUUUAAAAGGAAAAAGACUUUUAUCAUGGACAUAUUCAGUGAGAGACAGACGCUCCUGCUGCUGAUGGUUUUUAUACAGUCCGCCGCGGGGCAGCUGGCCGGCGAGCAGUGCUUGGGGAGAUUCAAGAAAGGUAAGGAAGACUUCGUCCUCGACGCGGACGAGUCCGUGGUCAACGGAGCCACUUUCCUCUCUGCGCCCAAGCUGGGCGGAUACAGAGACUGCGUGACCGCCUGCUGCAAGGAUCCCCGCUGCAACCUCGCCUUCAUGGAGAAGAGCCCCGAGGACGGAUCCAUCCAGUCCUGCUUCCUCUUCGACUGCCUCUACAAGAAGAAAUACGCCUGCCGCUUCGUCAGGAAGAAAGGAUACAUGAACUACGUCUUGGAGGACGUCUAUGAGAAUUAUCUUGAUCUGGAGGCCGCUCCAAAAGAGUCUGAUACCCCACCAGUGGCCGAUGCAGGCCAGGACCAGGUAGUCCAGCCUCACGACAGUGUGACUCUGAACGGUAUAAAGAGCAAAGAUGACAAUGAGAUUGUGUCCUAUAAGUGGGAUACGGUUGGGGAGAUUCCUUUUGCCGUCAUAGAGGAAACCACUUUUCCUGACCAGAUCAUCGUUUCCAAUCUGACAUCUGGGAAGUACAGGUUCCAGCUGACUGUCACGGACGGCAUCGGACAGUCGGACUCGACCAUAAUUACCGUUAUGGUCCUCACACCCGAGCAGUCUGAGCAUCACUGUAUGGCUCCAAAGAAAGUCGGGCCGUGUCGUGGGUCCUUCCCCCGCUGGCAUUACAACGCUGCCUCAGAAAAGUGUGAGGAGUUCACUUUUGGAGGCUGCAGGGAGAACCUCAACAACUAUCUCUCCAUAACUGAGUGCACGAACGCCUGCCACGGGACAGAUAAAACUCCAGGAACUGGUAGAGGCUUGCCUAUUCCUGCGUCACAAGGAGAAAAAUGUGGUGUUACAUGCUCUGAUGAGCAAUUCACCUGUGCCAACGGUUGCUGUUUGGAUCCCGGUCUCGAGUGCGACUCCACACCACAGUGCAGCGACGGUUCAGAUGAGCAAAACUGCGAGGACUUGAACAGCAAAUUCCGGAUUCUCCUGCAGAUUCCAAUCGAUGAACAGAAAGUGCGCUGCACAGAGCCUCCUGACACAGGACACUGCAGGGACAGUUACACUAAGUGGUACUAUGACCCCCUUCAGCAGAAGUGCAUCCCCUUCAACUACGGUGGAUGUGCAGGAAACGAGAACCGAUUUGAGUCGGAGAAUUCCUGUAAAAAGAUUUGCAAUGGAGUAACAGAAAAAGAUGUAUUUCUAAGAAAAGAGGGAUUCGAGAAACAACUGUCCAACAGUAAACCAGCAAUUCUAGCGGCAGCUGUCAUUCUGGGCGUAGCUAUCUUCAUCCUCCUCGCUGUCCUGUGCUACUGCUUCUUCAAGGGGAAAAAGUCUUCCCAACACCAGCGUGUGCCUGUCAACAACCCCCAGAUUACCACACUAGAGGACAGAGAGCGUCUGGUCUACAACAGCACCACAAAGCCCAUCUGACCCCCUCAUUCCUCACCUUUAACCCGUAUCCUGGCACUGAACUACUCUGGGGCUUUGAUGUAUCCUGAACAAACCCAGACUGAUGAGGGAGGUUUGUGUUUGCGUGCUGGAGGAGGUUUAUCUUCCUGUUUUGUCCAUACGUGGAUGUUUUUAAAGGUUAUGCAUACAGAAGGUGCAAAGUCUUCACUGAUGAGCUGUGAUGUCAUACUUUAGUUUUAUUUUUUUGUCUUCAUUACUGUGGCCUGUUGGUAAAUAAUGGUUAUUUCUCAGGUAAAAAAGGAAGGACUGCCAUGAGUGUGGAGAUAGAUUAUUUUAGGAUUUCUCCCUAUUUAAGCUCAGAUAUGUCUUGUGUGCUUGCAUCCAUUAAAUUGUUUUACAGUUGAGUGAACAUCUAUUUUUGAUAUAAAGAUGGACUCAUCGCCUGACUUUUUACUUCAGAGGUUUGUUUUGUUAAACCAAAUCCUAGAUUUGGUUUGGAUAUGUAAAACAAUGCUAUUCCCACGUCUUUAGACAAUCUGCUUUCUCACUUCUUUUAAUUUUUAUCUUCCAUAAAAAACAGUUGUUACAUAUUUCCUAUACAAGCAUCAUGUUGUACAUAAUCUUAGAAUUUAAGAGGGUAACAUUUUUAUUAUUGGUUAUGUUGUCUGUAAUAUUUUGUUCUCUUAUAUUUCUUAGGUUAAGCAUAAUACGUGAUAGUUUUUAUUUACCCUCAGUGUUAAAUAUUCAAUAUAUUAAACUUCUCAAAUGUUUGUACAAAGACCUGAUAUAGUUUCUUUUAGCUGUUUUGGGAUGUUAAUACGUAAUAAACUUAUUAACUCAUUUAUGUGGGAAUGUUGUGUCUUGCAGAAGAGGUUAUCUUGUUUGGACACGUCUGGAAAGUUUUGGUUUCUGCUACAGUAGAUUUGUGUGAUGCAGCACCUUCUAUUUUGUCUUUUUACAAUCUUUCAAGGUCUGCAAUAUUUAUUGUACAGGCCUCGUGUCCAGAAAUGCAGAAAAAGUUUGAAAUAAAAUAAAACUUUAAUUAUUAGAGGAAAGAAUUAUU